AUGAACCUAAACCUGAUCAAUAUUGGACAGGGUAAUAUAAAAGUCCGUCUUAAGGAUUGGCAGGAGAUAAACCUCAUGCCACUUCCCUUCAUUUUUGCUUGGUUCCUUUGGAUGGCUAGAAACAAGGUGAAACAUGAGGAUAGUGGGACAAGUACUGCUACUGUGAUGACUAACAGUCUGACAUACUUAAAUAAGCUGAUAAGUUGGAAGAAAUUUCCUAAGAUAUUGAAGACCUUACCUAAUAUUGAUGUACAACAUAUGAAGGUCAUCAAGGUAAGAUGGGAGAAGCCUCCUCACCCCUACAUUAAAAUCAACACAGAUGGAAGCUACACUAACAAGAAACCUGGAAUUGGGGGGAUCUUCAGAGACCACACAGGACAUACUUUGCUUUACUUCAAGGCCCCAUAUAUUGUUGAAGAUGCACUGGAUUCUGAAGUUGAUGCACUUUACUGGGCUCUAAAAUUUUCCAAGGGAAACAAGUGGAAGUGGAUCAUAGCUUAA